ACUUUAUAUGGAAUAUGAAUCGACACACAAUGUGUUCAUUUUGAUCUUAGUGAGACUGUUCAAAAUAAGCGCCACAUUCAUUUUAAAUGAUUAUUCAAUUUUCAAUUUUCUUAUUAUCAGUAUGUCAAUCAACAAUUUUAUCUAUUGUGAAUACACCACAAAGAUGGCUACCUUUAACAGGAAAUUGGAUGAUAUCAAAUCAAACCACAUCAAAACAAAUUUAUACAACUUAUGGUUUAGAUAGUUAUAGUGUAAAAUGGUUAUUAUCAAGAGAUAGAAAAAAUGAUCCAUUAGUUGAUUAUAAUGAUGUCCAUUUGAAAUGGAUUGGAUAUGACAAUUGGACAUUUACUAAAACAUUCACAAUUGAACAGUAUGAUUUAAACAAAUAUACUAUUGAAUUAUACUUGGAUAAUAUUGAUACAUUUUGUGAAAUAAUCUUAAAUAAUCAUGUUUUAGGAAUAACACAGAAUAGUUUUUUAUCAUAUACAUGGGAAAUCAAUAAUUUUUUAAAUAUAAAAAAUGUAAAUAAAUUACAAUUAAAAUGUAUAUCAAGUGUAUUGAUCGCAAAGAAAAGAGCAGAAUUUUUGAAAAGAAUGAAAAAAUCAAUACCAUUACCAUUUUGUUGGCCAAAACAAUUUCAUGGUGAAUGUUAUAUUAAUCUUAUAAGAACAACACAGUCAAUUUUUGGUUGGGAUUGGGGAUUAAGUUUACCAAUUCAAGGAUUUUGGAUACCACCAAAAUUGUUGAUUACACCUUUUAAUUUACGAUUUGGUGAACUAUUCAAAUUCUAUGCUUAUUCAAUAACUACUGAACAAGUAAAGACAGUAUGGAGUAGUAAAAUUAAUAUAGAGGUGAUAAGAAAUGACCGAUUACAUAAUCAUCAAUUGAAAGGUUGUAUUUCUUCAUAUAUUAAAGAAUUAAAUGUAUUUGGUAGAAAAUGUUUUACAUCCAGAGAAAAGUUAAUCACUAUGGAGGUAUUACGUAAUCACUCCAAUGUUAAACAAUGGUGGCCAAAUGGUGUUCACAAUGGACCAUAUCUAUAUACACUAAUACUUUAUCUAACUGAAGGCUUAAAUAUUGUCGAUAGAAGAGAAUAUUCUAUUGGUUUUCGGGAAGUUGAAUUAAUUGAGGAUUAUGUGGACCCGUCUAAAAUUGGAUUAGGUCGAACAUUCUAUUUCAAAAUUAAUGGUUUACCAAUAUUUAUUAAAGGUGCUAAUUGGAUACCUGCAAGAUAUAUGCCAGGCAGACAAUCUACACUGAUGAGAAAUAUGACUACAGAUGCUUUCUGGUUAGAAAAAAGACUUCUACGUUCAGCAGCUCUGUCAGGAGUCAACUUAAUCAGAAUAUGGGGUGGUGGACGUUAUGAAGAUGAUGAAUUUUACACAGAGGCUGAUAGACUUGGUCUAAUGAUUUGGCAUGAUAUGAUGUUUGCUGUGUCUACCUAUCCGGAUAAAGAAAGUAAUGAUACAGUUGAAAAAGAAAUAAGAAGACAGAUAUCUCGACUACAUUAUCAUCCAUCGAUUAUUGUCUGGUCUACAGAUAAUGAAGUGAAACAAGCUAUUGCCAAUGGUUGGUAUAGACCACCAAUGGAUCCUCAUCUACUUGGCAUAUACAAAUCUACAUUUGUUGAUUCAAUAUUGACUGUGAUCAAUGAAGAAGAAGAAGAAGAAACAAGUCGAAAACUAAUAAACCCUUGGACAACUUCAAAGUAUAAACCAAGAAGAUGUCUUAUCUCUUCACCAAGUAAUGGAUAUCUUACAGAGAAGUUCAGAGGGUUAGAUCCUGAUCCAGAUAAUCCACAUUUUGGUGAUAUUCAUUUCUACACUUAUUCUGGUGAUUUAUGGUCUGAAUCCACUUUCAAAUUAGCACGUUUUAUAUCGGAAUUUGGAUUACAAUCGAUACCGAGUACAUUAGCCUGGGCAAGAUCUAUGACAAAUAUAUCUGAUUCAAAACAAUGGAAUAUCUUUGGUAUACUAAUGGAACAUAGACAACAUCAUCCAUUAGGCAAUAGAAUGCUUCUAUUACCGCUUGAAUAUAUUACAGAACCAGUUGAAAGACAAGAUCCAAUUCGUAAUUACAGCCGAUGGGCAUAUAUCAGUCAAUUAAAUCAACUUAUGUGUUUACGUGCUCAAAUCAAUCUAUAUAUGAGACAUAAAUGUCGACUUAAAUUAUCCAAAUCUACAGUAUUAUUCACCGACAAAUUGAUUACAAUGGGUACAAUAUAUUGGCAAUUGAAUGAUAUUUGGUCAGCGCCUAGUUGGUCAACUAUAGAUUCAGCUGGUCAAUGGAAAUUAUCACAUUAUGCUGCUAUAAAAGAAUUUUAUAAUAUACCAAAAUGGGGACGUAUUGCUAUACAUAAUAAAGAUAAGAAGAUAGUUGAAGCUGAUUGGAUACCAAAUGUACAAAGUGAAGACAAUAUUAUAUUUCCUAGUGAAUUUGAAUUAAUUUGUUAUACUAUUUGGUCAUUUAAACCAAUUCAUAGAAGUGUAUUGAACAUCCCUGGUAAAACAAAUCUUCAAUGUCCAAUAACAAUAUUGAACAUAACUGUUGAAGACUUAAAUAAAUUAUGCCAUUUUAAUGAUAGAAAAGGUAGAAUUCUACAAAUUAGAAUGAAGAUUAAUUCAAAAUAUACAAAUUCUGAUGGAAAUCUACUACUCUUAGAUGAACCAAAUAAGAUUAGGAAAUGGCCUCAAAAAGCUGGUAAAGGCUUAACUUUAAAGUCAAUAGAACUUGUUGAAGAAAAUGAUACUUUGUCAAAACUUCAACAAAAUGCACCAUUUCAAACAAAUCACAUUUAUAAGUUAAUUAUUAAAGCUGAGUCACCUGAAUUAUUUGUCUAUUUAGAUUUAGAUGCUAAGCUUGAUGUAGAGUUUUGGUUCUCAACAAAUGGUUUUCAUAUAUUACAUGAAAGACAGAAAACUCUGUACUUGCAUAUUUCAGUGAAAAGACGAAUACCAAUAGACAUAUUAAAAUAUUCUAUAUGGAUUGAAUCUCUUGCAACAUUGUUGACAUAAAGUGAUCCAAUGCAAAUGUAUUUUGUAUCAUUUUACACCUUCUUCUCUUGUAAUAAUUAAUUAACAGCUACUUAUUCUGCUAUCUUUAUUUUGAAGACAUUUCAACUUUUUAACCGUUAUUUUUAGUAUAUUGUUUUUAGCUACUUAUAAGUAGCCAGUUUAUUUUAAACGAAAAAUGCGCCACAUAAUUCCAAUUGUGGCAUCAAAACACAAGAUAUUCAGCAAAGACGACUCUUUUCAGAGAAUUUAUUUUCAAGCUCUACGUACGUUUUCAUAUAUACGUGAUAUUAAA